AUGAGCGAACAACCAGCGUCUGAUAAGCUGCAAUCAGCGGAAAAGGUGACACCUGAUGCAUCUGCUACUGUCCCGGCUGGGGAAAAACAACUAUCAAAUAAAGAGUUGAAAGAAUUAAAGAAGAAAGAGAAGGCAGCCAAAAGAGCUGCUCAAAAGGAAGCAAGUGGUAUCACUCCCGAACAGCAAGACCAAUUGGCACAACAAAAAAUGGAAAGGAAGAAACAGCAACAAACUGCUACGAAUACAAAUUUAAAGAAACAAUUGAAUCAAACAUUGAUUAAAGAUGCCAGCGCUAAAAAGAAAAUUCCAGCCUUGUUCAGUCAUUUGGAAACUAGGGAACAAAGAAAUGCAUCUUCGCCAUCGAUCUCUCAUAUUGUGCAUCCAGCGAUAUUAUCAUUAACUUUGAAAUACUCCAACUAUAAAAUUGUGGGAUCUAUUUCAAGAUUGAGAAAUAUGUUAGAAACUUUCAAGGUAGUUAUAAGCGACUAUCAAACACCACCAAAUACAACUUUAACUAGACACUUGACAGGUCAUUUAUCUCAUCAAAUUGAAUAUUUGAAGACAGCACGUCCAUUAUCUGUAUCCAUGGGAAAUGCAAUUAGAUUGUUGAAGCAAGAAAUUUCCCAUAUCUCGAUUGAUACCACAGAGCAGCAGGCAAAGGAAAUAUUAAAUCAAAGAAUUGACGAUCUUAUCAAGGAAAAAAUUGACUUAUCUGAUAUGCUCAUAAUCGAAAAUGCAUCAAAGCAUGUCACAAAUGGCUCCACCAUUUUAACUUUCGGACAUUCACAUGUAUUAGAAAACUUGUUUAAGUACUGUGUUAAUCAACAAAACAAGAAAUUUAACUUAAUAAUUGUUGAUUCUAGGCCGCUAUUCGAAGGAAAGAAUUUGUUAACUAACCUAGUAAAUACGAACUAUUCACCUAAUAUAGAGGAAGCCAACAACUCUGAUGCAGAGUCUGCAACUAGGAAGAUCUACAAGCUGAAGCCUAUUACGCAGGAUCAUCUUAAAGUACAGUAUGUUUUGAUCAACUCAUUAUCAUCUACCAUACUAGAAGACGUUGAUUGCGUAUUUUUGGGUGCACACGCGAUGUUAUCUAAUGGUCGUCUCUUUUCUCGUGUUGGUACUGGUUUAAUUGCCAUGAUGUGCCACACAAGAAACAUUCCGGUAUUGGCCUUUUGUGAGUCUAUUAAGUUUUCAGAUAAAGUUCAGUUAGACUCUGUUACAACUAAUGAAUUGGCGGAUAGUGGAGACUUGAUACAGGACAUCGGUUCAAAGAAACCGCCACAGAAGAAAUCAUUUGCUUUGGAGCAAUUUAUAAAACAGUGUGAAGAAGAAAAAACUAAAGCCACCAACAAUUUGAACAAUAAAAAUAAGCAGCAAAAACAAAAGAAUAGUAAUACCGAUGAAGAAAUAUCUGGAAAAGAUACAAAUGAAUCUCUUUUGAAGAACUGGCAGGAUAUUGAUAAUUUGAAUAUUUUGAAUAUUAUGUAUGAUUUAACUCCUCCGGAAUAUAUAAAGAAAGUUGUCACUGAGUUAGGUGCUUUACCGCCUUCAUCAGUUCCUGUCAUUUUAAGAGAAUACAAAAGUGCUUAA